AAGAAGACAGAUGUUGCUUAUCUAUACAAUUUGGGACCAGAUUGGAUGGAGGCAGAGAUAUGGAAUGAACUUGUUGCAUAUUGGAGUAUACCAGAGUGGAGAAAGAAAUCAGAAGCCGGUAAAGCAAAUAGAAACGUAGAAAAAGAUGGGACUAUUACGAAAUACUCUGGUGGUUCAAUAAAAUUGGAGGUUCAUGAGAAUAGAUUGGCAAAGAAGUUGGGUAGACAACCAACUCAACUUGAACUAUUUUGUGCAACUCACACAAAAAAGGGGAGUCAAGGUGUUUAUAUUGAUGGAAAAUCACGACGAGUUGAUGGAGCUUAUUUGAGUGCAAUUGCUGAAAAUGUGAAUGACAAUUGAACUCCAACUACAUCUUUCUCAUGCACAUCAGCUCAUCCUGGAGGACCUUCUCAAACUAUGUUUUCUUUAGAGGAGGUUGAACAAAUAUUAGAGCAAAACCGGAUUAAAAUGAAACAAGACAUGGAGCAAAUGCAAGAGCAAAUGCGAGUGCAGAUAGAAAAACAA